UCCUCCUCUGCUCCCCGGCUCUCCAUCUCUCUCUCCGGCUCCAGCUGCAGCUCCUCCCCGGCUCCGGGUCCCCUCUGCCCGGCCAUGGGCUCGGUGCUGCCCGGCUCGUCUCUGGGCCUGAAGUCGGUGUUUAAGCCUCACCAGCCUCACCAGCAGCAGCAGCCUCUCUCUCUGGCGGACAUCAUCACCUCGGACAUCCUGCACAGCUUCCUGUACGGCCGCUGGAGGCACGUGCUGGGCGAGCAGCAGCAUCACCUGCAGCAUCAGCACCAGCAGCUUCACCUGCAGCACGAGGACCGCACGAGCACGGCGCCCAGCGCGAGCCCCAAGACAGCCUUCACCGCGGAGGUGCUCGCGCAGUCCUUCUCUGGAGAGGUCCAGAAGCUGUCCAGUCUGGUUUUACCCAGCGAGGUGAUCAUCGCUCAGAGUUCAGUCCCAGGUGAAGGGUUGGGUAUUUUCUCUAAAACGUGGAUUAAAGCAGGAACAGAGAUGGGACCGUUCACCGGACGCCUCAUCUCACCGGAACACAUCGACCUGUACAAGAACAACAACCUCAUGUGGGAGGUGUUCAACGAGGAUGGGACGGUCCGGUAUUUCAUCGAUGCCAGUCAGGAGGACCAGAGGAGCUGGAUGACCUACAUCAAGUGUGCGAGGAACGAGCAGGAGCAGAACCUGGAGGUGGUUCAGAUCGGCAGCAGCAUCUUCUACAAGGCUGUGGAGACGAUCCCUCCGGACCAGGAGCUGCUGGUCUGGUACUCAAACUCCCACAACACCUUCCUGGGAAUCCCUGGAAUACCUGGAGGAGACGAAGAGCAGAGCAAGAAGACCAAGACCGAUGAGUUCCACACCUGUGAAGGCUCCUCCUCCUCUUCCUCCUCCUCCUCUUCGUCCUCCUCCUCCUCUUCCGCCUCCUCCAGCGUGGGCCGCAUGCGUUGCGUCAUCUGCCACCGCGGCUUCAACUCCCGCAGCAACCUGCGCUCCCACAUGCGCAUCCACACACUGGACAAGCCGUUCGUCUGCCGCUUCUGCAAUCGCCGCUUCAGCCAGUCGUCCACGCUGAGGAACCACGUCCGGCUGCACACCGGUGAGCGCCCGUACAAGUGCCACGUCUGCCAGUCGGCGUACUCGCAGCUGGCCGGCCUGAGGGCGCACCAGAAGAGCGCCAGGCACCGGCCCACCGGCGGCGGAGGAGACCCCAGCGUCGUGGGGGGAGGCGUGGUGGUGCACGCCGGUCACGCGGGUCACACCGCCCACUCACCUCCUCCUCACCCACCGCAGCUGACCGCCAUGCCUCACCCAGCGUCACUGGUUCACCAUAUACCCACCAUGGUGCUGUGAGGGGGGUGUGGGGGGGGCAGACAGACAGACAGACAGACACGCCAAAUACAGACAGACAAAGAUAAUAAAUAUCAGCCCGGUCGCACAGACGUACGUGAAAUAGUCACGCAACUUAAUGAUUGAUUCACGUAUAAAGACGCAACACAUUUUUUUCAUGAUGAUCAGCACAAAAUCAGUUCGAAUGUAAUCCACGUCAUUGUGAACCGGGAAGUAGAGAGAGACAAACGCCGUGCAGAUAGGAGGUCGGGUCAAAAAACACCAGACUUUCACCACUUGGUGCCCCGUGUGAGGCCAGAAGUCACGACACUUUCAGCGUUAUUUUAGCCUAAACCACAAUCUUUUCCUAUGCCUAACUAAGUUUAUUGUAUAAGCCUAACCAAGUCGAUCUAUUCCUAAACAUAACUAAGUACUUUUAUUUUGAAAAGACUGGGGCGGAAAUUGACACGUGCGU